AUGUGUAUCGCGCUGAUCUCAACCGCCCACCCUGCCUAUUCGUUGAUCAUCAUUGACAAUAGAGAUGAAUUCCUUCGACGACCGACCUCGUCGCCGGACUGGUGGCCGGAGCCUGCAUCGCAUGUCCUCGGCUCACGCGACUUGGCGCGAGCCACGCAUGGCACCUGGAUGGGAGUCACCAAGCAUGGCAAAGUAGCCGUACUCACCAACUAUCGUGAAGAUAAAAGCGCCCAAGCAGUCGGGGUCCACAGCCGAGGCCGGAUUGUCAACAGCUGGCUCACCAGUUCUCCGAGCGAGGGUCAGACCACCCACGACUUUGUGCAGGAGAUGGUCGCCAGCCCCGAAGCCAAGCAAGUCGGAGGGUUUAGUCUAGUGUGUGGCCACGUCAACGAACCCCUGGCCAUUGUCUCCAACCGUUCGUCCGACAUGGACCAUAUCACCUGGGUAGCCGCCGAGAAGAACCAAACCCGUGGGCUGAGCAACACCAGUGUCGAUGACCGAACGUGGCCGAAGAUUCUGGAUGGAGAGAAUCUCAUGCAACGUGCUAUUGAGGACCAUGUACAAGCCCAAGAAGAUGAAGAUACCCUCCUGCAGCGACUCCUUGGGGUACUCAGCACCGACACCUUGCCGCGACUACCCGAAGGAACCAGCGUCGAGACUUAUAUCCAACAGCUACGGAAAAGUAUCUUCGUACCAAUCAUUGGGGCCGAGGACGAUGUCAAUAAAGUGGCCGAAGGUACCGCAGCCACCCGCGUGGAGGACGAAAUGAAGCAGCCUCAGGUCAACGGGCCCCUGGACCAAAACUAUUCCUCCGGGCCGUAUGGGACUCAGAAGCAAACUAUACUUUUGGCUCGGCCCGAUGGUCGAGUUCGGUAUUUUGAACGGACCCUUUAUGAUAAUAACGCCAAGGCCGUGCCCAUCGGACAAGGCGAUCGGUCUUUUGAGUUCCACGUUGAACAAUAG